CCCACUACGAAAUAGUCCCCCGCUACUUGAUACAACCGCGGAACGUAGUCCGUAGAUUUGUCUAAUCCGCACUUCCAAACCUAAUUUUCUGCUACUUAGAUUGCAAGGACCGUGGUCAAGCAUUUACGAGAUUUCUUAUGAAGUAAUUCCAUUCUGGAUACCGCUGUAGUCAAGAACGAAAGCGUCGGAUCUUGCCCGAACUAACGCAUAUUUCAGCUGUUUGAUUGUACGCUAACCUAAGCUACCUACUGAAGCCCUACAGUGUAGCCGUGAAUCAGGCGAGCAGUCCCCACGUCUGUGAUGACUCCGAUUUAACUCCGUUCGCUUCGUUUCAACAUAAACCUCACCCCUCGUCAAUCCAACCUUGAGCAACACCAAACCCAACCGAUAAACAGCCAGGAUGGGACACCUAGUGACGGUUGCUACUUGCAACCUAAAUCAAUGGGCACUGGAUUUCGAGGGAAAUACAAGGCGCAUCGUUGAAAGCAUCCACAAGGCCAAAGCCGCAGGUGCCGGCUUGAGAGUUGGACCGGAACUCGAGAUCUGCGGCUAUGGAUGUCUUGAUCAUCUGCUAGAACAAGAUCUAUACCUCCACUCAUGGCAGUGCCUCGAGACCAUUCUUAGGGAUGAGUCGUGUUAUGGUAUAAUCAUUGACCUUGGUAUGCCUGUUCUACAUCGCAACGUGAGGUACAACUGCCGUGUCGUCUGCCUAGAUGGCAAGAUUCUCUUGAUCCGUCCCAAGUUAUGGCUGGCUGGCGAUGGCAAUUAUAGGGAGCAGCGUUUCUUUUCACCUUGGAUGCGGCCUCGCCACUGCGAAGAGUACUAUCUGCCAAGAAUGAUCCAGAAGCUACAGGGCACAACCAAGGUGACAAUUGGCGAUGCGGUAAUCUCUACCCCGGACACAACAAUCGGCUGCGAAACUUGUGAAGAGUUGUUCACUCCAGCCGCACCGCAUGAUGGAUUAUCUUUGAACGGAGUUGAGAUCAUAACCAACAGUUCCGGCAGUCAUUUCACACUUCGCAAACUUGCACUGCGCAUCCAGCUGAUAACAGAGGCGACUAGAAAGAACGGUGGCGUUUAUAUCUACGCCAAUCAGCAGGGCUGCGAUGGAGAUAGGCUUUACUACGAUGGAUGCGCAAUGAUUAUUUGCAAUGGCCGAAUUCUUGCACAGGGCUCUCAGUUCAGUCUGGAUGAUGUCGAGGUGGUGACCGCGACUAUAGAUCUAGAAGAGAUCAGAGCCUACCGCUGCGCGCCUGCCCGCGGCAUGCAAGCCGUACUGGCACCUGAGUACAAGAGAAUCGAGACCGACUAUGCGCUGAGCUCAGAACAUGAUGACCUAGACCUGGGUCGCUUCCCUUCUCGAGAGAUUCAGCCUCGAUACCAUUCGCCAGAGGAAGAAAUUGCCCUCUGCGCUGGUGCUUACUUAUGGGAUUAUCUGCGCAGAUGUGGUGUUGCUGGGUACCUGGUGCCCCUUAGUGGUGGUAUUGAUAGCUGUGCCACUGCUGUCAUAGUCUUUUCCAUGUGCCGCAUGGUAAUGGAGGCUUGCAAGGCAGGCAAUGAGCAAGUCAUCGCCGAUGUCAAGCGAAUUGCCAAGUACAAUGAGGGCCAGAUUCCAGAUACUCCUGAAGACCUAUGUAAUCAGCUCUUUCAUACCGUGUAUAUGGGCAUGAAGAAGCAAAGUUCUAAGGACACUCGCUCAAGAGCCAAGGAACUGGCCGAGGCAAUAGGCGCAUAUCAUGUCAACCUUGACAUUGAUGACGUCUUCAAUGCCCAGCGUAAUCUGAUUGUUGAUUGUCUCAAUUUUGAGCCACAAUUCAAAGUACACGGAGGCAGUAUUGCAGAGAAUCUCACCCUUCAGAACAUUCAAGCCAGAACCCGAAUGGUUACGGCCUAUGAGUUUGCACAGAUUCUUCCCACCACUCGUAAGCGACCUGGAGGCGGGUCUCUGCUGGUGCUUGGAAGCGCAAAUGUGGGCGAGUCACUUCGAGGCUAUCUCACAAAAUAUGACUGUUCAUCUGCCGAUAUCAAUCCCAUCGGUUCCAUCGACAAGAGCGAUCUCAAAAGACUCAUUGCUUGGGCUAAAGUCAACUUUGAGCUUCCUUGCCUGGAGGAUUUCCUUACAGCAAUUCCGACAGCAGAGCUUGAACCAAUCACCGAAACUUACGUACAAUCUGAUGAGGCAGACAUGGGCAUGACCUAUGACGAGCUCACCGUUUUUGGUCGUCUGAGGAAGGAAAAUAAGUUGGGACCGUACGGGAUGUUCCAACGCCUUGCGCAUGAGUGGGGUCCGAAUCACCCCAGAGCCAAGGACGAUCCUACCCCUGUCUAUACGCCGAGACAAAUCGCUGAUAAGGUUAAACGGUUUUUCCAUUACUACGCCAUCAAUCGCCAUAAGAUGACUACGCUUACCCCGGCUCUGCACUCGAAUGAUUACUCCCCUGACGAUAACCGUUUCGAUCUUCGCCCAUUCCUCUACCCGCCGUUCUUCGGGUCCUUGGCUUUUAAAUGUAUUGAUGCUGAUCUGGCGAAAAUUGAGGCGCAAGAUGAACACAAGGAUGUCGAUUAAACACGGCCAUAAUGACCGGAGUGGCAUUCGUAUCACGAUCUGGACAUUUUAUUUUCCAGAUUAUCAGAUAAUGUAGUGUUCAAUAGUUUGUCUGGACUGGGAACUUGAUAGUCUCUUGGUAUCGAGCCUGCAAGUUAAGAACAAUCUGGCUAUUCAAGCGCCUUUGUCAAGACUCAAAUAGGACACCGAAUGAAUGCAAGAAACUAAAAUUUUAUAGGAUGCUUUAAAA